UCUUGGCAGAGAAAGUGUAGAAGGAGGAUGAGUCGAGUCGAGUCGAUCAGUGAUUCCAGCCAGCUACUCAUACACAGUCAACAAUUCGCGUCAGAGCGUCAGACUCAUCGCGCAAGAUAACGUUAUAGAUGAGCCGCUUCUCGCACCACAUUCUCUAACCAAUUCUCCGCAACGUCGACGAAGAUACUGUCACGAGCGCUCCUCCGGCGCCAGCUAUAUGCAUCCUAUCGCAUAGCAGCACUUCCGUCACUGCAGCGACGAACUUUCAAGAUGGCGUUGAACCACGCCUCCCACAACCCGACCGGCGAGGCUACGGGUCCUGCUACAGGACAGCCACCUGCUCCAUCGGCUGAGAGCAAAGCUGCCAUCCUCGACGCCGCAAACAGCGAUAUCAAGGGACAGUCGGCGCCGGGCAAGGACGGCGGAGACCCCAACGCGCCCAAGAAAGAGAAGACCGAGAAAGAGCUAGCCAAGGAGAAGGCAAAGGCAGAAAAGGCGGCAAAGCUUGCAGCGAAACAGGCCAAACAGACUGAGCUGGCCGCAAAGUCGAAACCCAAGGAAAAGACUAAGAAAGAGCAGGAGAAGCUGCCGCCGUACGUGGAAGAGACGAAUAAGGGCGAGAAGAAGAUCCUCAAGUCAUUGGACGAUGACUACCACAAGGCAUACAUUCCCUCUGUUGUCGAAAGUGCCUGGUAUGACUGGUGGGAGAAGUCAGGCUUCCACAAGCCACAGUUCAAGGCAGAUGGCAGCGUGAAAGAUGCUGGCUACUUCGUCAUCCCCAUCCCACCUCCCAACGUAACAGGCGCUCUGCAUAUAGGACAUGCAUUAGCGACAUCACUACAAGAUGCUUUGAUACGAUGGAAUCGCAUGAAGGGCCUGACGGCACUGUACGUGCCAGGUUGCGAUCACGCUGGUAUAUCCACGCAAAGCGUUGUCGAGAACAUGCUGUACAACAGACGCAAUGGAACAACGAGACAUGAUCUGGGCAGACCAAAGUUUGUCGAGACUGUCUGGGAGUGGAAGGAGGAGUACCACCAGAAGAUCAACAAAGUCAUGAGACGACUUGGCGGAUCGAUGGACUGGGAUAGAGAAGCCUUCACCAUGGACGAGAACCUGUCAGCAGCUGUUCGAAAGACAUUCAUCGAUCUCCACGAAGAAGGACUCAUCUAUCGCGCGAACCGACUGGUCAACUGGUGCACCAAGAUGAACACUGCACUCUCGAAUCUGGAAGUUGAUCAAAAAGAAUUGGAAGGCUCAACCAAGAUUGAUGUCCCAGGUUACGACAAAAAGAUCGAGUUCGGCUCUAUCUGGAACUUCAAGUACCCCAUUGACGGCACCGAUGAGUUCAUUGAGGUCGCAACGACGCGUCCCGAGACCAUGCUUGGCGAUAGUGGUGUCGCUGUGCAUCCUACAGACGAGCGCUACAAGCAUCUGAUUGGCAAAUUUGUCAAGCAUCCUUUCGUUGAUCGUAAACUCCCCAUUUUCGGAGACGAAACUGUUGAGAAGGACUUCGGUACCGGUGCCGUCAAGAUCACGCCAGCACACGACUUCAACGAUUUCAAGCGUGGAAAGGAGCACAACCUCGAGUUCAUCAACAUUCUCAAUGAUGAUGGCACCAUGAACUCGAACGCUGGAUCAUACGAGGGCAAGAAGCGAUUUGAUGUCCGAUACGAGAUCAUAAGCGAAUUGGAGAAGCUCGGAUUGUACGUUGGCAAGUCUAACAACAAGAUGCAAAUCCCAUUGUGCAGCAAGUCGAAGGAUGUCAUUGAGCCCAUCAUGAAGCCUCAAUGGUGGAUGCACAUGAAGCCUCUCGCAGAUCCCGCCAUCGAGGCCGUCAAGAGUGGCGAGAUCAAACUCCGACCAGCCAACUCUGAAGCCACCUAUUAUCGAUGGAUGGAAAACAUUGACGACUGGUGCUUGUCACGUCAGCUAUGGUGGGGUCACCAGGUCCCAGCAUACUACGUCAAGCUGGAAGAUGGCUCGGCGUAUGACACAGAUCCCGAGAAGUGGGUGUGUGCAGAGACUGAGGCGGAAGCGCGUCAAAAGGCCGAAGCUAAGUUCCCAGGCAAGAAGUUCGAGCUCGAACGCGAUCCGGAUUGCUUGGACACAUGGUUCUCAUCCGGCCUUUGGCCUUUCUCCACUCUCGGCUGGCCCAAUCUCGAGAGUGACGACUUCCAGAAACUCUAUCCCACAUCCUUCCUCGAGACCGGGUGGGAUAUCCUCUUCUUCUGGGUUGCUCGCAUGAUCAUGUUCGGUAUUAAGAUGACUGGAAAGUCGCCCUUCAAGGAGGUCUACAACCACUCACUUAUUCGUGACUCGGAAGGACGAAAGAUGUCCAAGUCGCUCGGAAAUGUCAUUGAUCCAGUAGACAUCAUGGACGGCAUCUCGCUCACAGCGCUCACAGACAAGCUGAAGGUCGGCAACCUGGCGCCUAAGGAAAUCGAGCGCGCGACCAAGUGGCAGAAGUCUGCCUUUCCUGAUGGUAUCGACGAGUGUGGUGCUGAUGCUCUGCGGUUCUCGCUGAUCAACUACACUACCGGAGGUGGCGACAUCAGCUUCGAUGUCAAGGUCAUGCGCAGCUACCGCAAUUUCUGCAACAAGAUCUACCAAGCCACCAAAUAUGUGCUCAUGAAUCUACCUUCGGACUUCACGCCUAAGGCGACAGAGGGCAAGACUGGGCAGGAAAGCUUGCCAGAGCGCUGGAUCCUUCACAAGCUGACCAUUGCUGCUCGAGACGUUAACGGCGCUCUUGAGGCUCGUGAGUUCUCGAAAGCCACCCAAGCUCUGCACGGCUAUUGGCUCUACGACCUGUGCGAUGUCUACAUCGAGAACAGCAAGGGUAUCAUCAGAGAUGGCACACCAGAGGAGCAGCAAAGUGCUCGUGAGACUUUGUACACUGCUCUUGAGGGCGGUUUGCGCCUCAUGCACCCGAUCAUGCCUUUCCUUACAGAAGAGCUCUGGCAACGCCUGCCGCGCCGACCAGAGGACAAGACGCCCUCGAUUGUUGUCGCCGACUAUCCCCAAUACGACUCAGCGCUUGACGAUCCAAAGUCUGAGCGUGAUUACGAGCUCGUUUUAGGAUGCUCAAAGGGUAUUCGAUCACUGCUCAACGAGUACGCCAUCAAAGAGGAAGGCACUGCCUUCGUGCGUCCUCUGAACGAGGAAGCUGCAUCCACUGCAUCUGCACAGCACAGCUCGAUCAAGGUCUUGUCUGGCAAGUACCUGAAGGAUCUUACUGUGCUCAAGGCUGGCGACGCUGCACCAGCUGGUACCGCUGUGUACCCUGUGUCUGCGGCAGCAGCUGUCUACAUUCAGCUCAAGGGCAAGGUUGACCCAGAUACUGAGAUCAAGAAGACUCACCCCAAGAUGCAGAAGGCCAGUGAGGCUGUCAAGGAGCAGGAGAAGCUGAUCGGCAGUUUGUCCGAAGGCGUGAGCAAAGAAGUUCGGGAGAAGGAGAACAGCAGGCUUAAGGAUGCUGAGAGCGAACUUCGCUUGUACGAAGAAAGCUUGUCAGCCCUUGAGAAGCUCAAGCUGUAAGAGUUUCAUGACGAUGUACCGACGCGCGACUCUUGAAUGCACCAGUAGAGCAUAAAAUGAGUAUACCCUUCAGAUACUAAGCUUUCAUAACGAAUGCUUAUUGGCAAGACCUCCCUUCCUCUCACCAACGCACCUUCCCU